AAUUCAAAAUAUUUCUCUUAAAACUAUUUAUUGAAGUAAAUUGAUAGAUUUAAUGCAGAUUUUGUGCUUUAUGGUCUUUAAAUCCCCAUAGGCGUCGUUGAAAAGCAUUGUGCUUGCCAUUGAGUGUUCGUUCCUGUAGAAAGCGCUAGUGAGUUGCAUAACUGGUACGGUUUUGUUACAUGGGUAACUUACCCGGUGAGCUGUAUAGUAAAAUACGAUGACAAAUCCCACUAGCUGCACUGCGCUGUCCUGUCCAGCGGUACCGCUCCACAAUGGACUGAACAUUCCCAUUCUGGGUUUGGGUACAUCUCAUUAUGGAGGCUACAGUCAUGAAGCAGUGCUUUAUGCUCUACAGGAGUGUGGCAUAAGGCACAUCGACACAGCCAAGCGUUACGGUUGUGAGGAGGCUCUGGGGAAAGCAGUGGCUGAGAGUGGAGUACAGCGAAAGGAACUAUGGAUCACCACCAAACUAUGGCCUGGAGAUUACGGCUAUCAGAGCACCAAACAAGCCUGUCGGGAUUCAUGUGCUAGGCUGGGGGUAGAUUAUUUAGACCUGUACCUGAUGCACUGGCCGGACUCCAUGGUUCCCGGUCGCUCCAGUCAAGAGGUUCGACUGGAGACUUGGAGAGCUCUGGAGGAGCUUUAUGAUGAAGGUUUGUGUCGUGCUAUUGGAGUGAGUAACUUUCUGAUCCCUCACCUGAACGAGUUGAAGGAUUGCGGUGGAAUCGUGCCUCAUGUUAACCAAGUGGAGUUUCAUCCUUUCCAGCAGCCAAUGAAGCUGGUUGAACAUUGCCGGAAGGAUAACAUUGUUUUUGAAGGCUACUGUCCUCUGGCCAAAGGUCAAGCUCUCACUCACCCACAAAUCCUGGAGCUCGCCAGGAAAUACGGCCGCAGCGCUUCACAAAUCUGCAUCCGCUGGAGUAUUCAGAAUGGAGUUGUCACAAUUCCAAAGUCCACCAAACCAGACAGGAUAUAUGAAAACUGCCAAGUGUUUGGAUUCACACUAACUAGUGAAGACAUGGCCUAUAUUAGUGAUCUACACACCAAUCAGAAGCUGAUUCAUCUCACUUUCCCAAUCUGGAAAGGAUAACCUGACAAUCAGUAGUCAAGAGGUUCUCUUUUAGGAUGCUGACAGAUAUGAAUACGACACAUUUCUAGAAAUUAGUGAAUGCUGAUGCAACAUGUGCCUUUCUAAAUGACAAGCCAAGUGCUGUUAUUAUUUUGUGUCUAAAUAACGACGGUAACAUUUAGUAGAGGGCAGUAGGGAAAUUAUAGAACACAAUUUUUGUAUGAACAGAUAAUAACUGAUUAGAAAAUACGCUUUUGACAGUAGCUAUAAAGCUAAUUUUUUCCACUCUUCGUCUUACAAUUCUGAUUUCUAACUUGAGGACAUCUUGCAAUUCUGACUUCUUUUAGUUUAUAACUCACAGUUCUGACAUUUUCUUACUGUAAAAGAGUUUAUAACACGCAGCUGCAGUAAAAUUCUGGAGGAGCUUCAUGAUAAAGGUUGCGCUCUUCCGGCUUAUUCUUCAGUUUUGAAAUGAUAGGUUUAGUUUUUAGUUUCGCUGAAAGUCUAAAUUGUGAGAUGUAAACUUGUGAAUUGUACAAAAUACCGUAGCACUCAUGCUAUUUUACGGCAACACUACAAUGUCUAUGUUUUGUCUACAUAAACUGUUCUCAAAUAGUUAACAUCAAUAAGGGUUAAUUGCCUUAAAGGUGCAGUAGGUGAUCUCCUAGAAUGCUAUCAGUUAGCAUAGUAGCUUUGAAAACACAGUCCCUCCCCUGCUGUUCAAAGCCAUUCAAUUUGGGCAUGCGCUGAUUUUCAUUUUCAUUGCGCUGAUGAGGCAAACCAACAUACACACAGGUGAGAAAGACGGUGACUGCAUUUACAUGGACAUCAGUAAUUGAAUUACUUGUCAAAUGAUUAAUUUGUAGACUUUAACGGCAGUUUGGCACUUUCAUUUCAUUCAGGAACAUUUCAUGCAUGCCCCUGUGACAAACGAGAUCUUGUAUGCAAGGAACUGCUGGAAGAGUGUAGUUUUAAUGGAAUGAUUGAUACCGCACGCUGUAUGGGAGAAAAAAAACCUCCACAUUUCUCUGUAACUUGGAUGCAUUCGGUAGGUAGCGUCAGAAAGCCGUGUGUGUAUAGACUAUCCUGUCACAAAACGCGCCAUCCUACAAAUCCUACACAUUGGUAAUAGUUUGAUUGUAAGGUGUUUACAUGUUUACACUUGGAGAGCAGGAUUUAGAGCGGAUGUUUCAGCCCAUAAUAUUGGAGUGAUAUUACAUCAUAGACUAUAGAUAUUGCACAUAUUUUAAGGUGUGUCUUAAAAAACUGAAAGAGUACUCAGUGUUGCCAACUUAGCUACUUUGUCGCUAUAUUUUGCGACUUUUCAAACCCCCCAGCGACAAAUUUUUUAAAAAGCGACUAGCGACAAAUCUAGCGACUUUUUUUGUGUGUGUUACUGUAGAUUUUUAUAGACUCUCAUGUGUCCAUACUGUAGCAUCCCUACUCUUCUCAACGAGCUGCGGAUGAUGCCAUCGGUCCCUCCCCCGCCUCAGAGCACUGACAGGCGGCCCAGUCACUCCUCGUACAGCAGUCUCUCCCACCUGCAGCCUGACAGCAGAUCACCCCUCUGCCUUCCAACGGCAAAUGAUUUAGCAUCGGCAGUGUGAAGGUAUUUCCCUUGUACAGUCAAACCAAUCUGCUUCUCCUUUAUUUUAACAGUUUGACCGUUUAUUCUAUUCUUGUUCAAAAUCACAAAUGUUUUAAGUGACAAUUUCAGAACUUGUCUGAGUUUAUUAUGUCUGAGAGUACUGCAAGUUCACUACACAUCUAUAUUAAUAUACUGUAUUCAAACAGCAAUACAUUUUGUUAAAUUGACAUGCAUAUAUAAAGUGUAGUGCAAAUACAAAUACCCCUUUAUUAAACAUAGGCUGUUAAACAAACAGUAGUGGUAGAACGUGAUGAUGUCAGUAAUACACAAAUUGACGUAUGACGUAAUCUAGCGACUUUUCGGGCAGAACUUAGCGCCUUUUCAUUGAAAAUAGUUGGCAACAGUGACUACUGUAGACAAUUCUAACAAACUUUGCCUCUGAAUAAACAAACAAAGACUAUUGUUCACACACUUACUGAAUCUGUAAAGACAGGACAAUCAACACCAACUGGAACCGCAUCUUUUUUUAAAAGCAGACUAGUGGCAAUUUGGAUUUCACCAUUUCCAGAUGCGAAAACGUGGAAAUGUUUCUUACAAACAUAUUUCUGUUGCGUGUCGCAUGCACUGUAAUCCACACGCGAGUCCAGCUGCACUCUCAUAGCGGGGAACUGAAAACAAAACCUUCGCUGCAGCACAUUUGUAAACACAACACUGACGACCCAUUUUGCUUAGAAAGGUUUUUGUUUGGGAGAAAUGCUUAAUACUUCAUUACCUGCGACUCGUUUCUGUUCUGACAACAUGUACUUGGUUGUGCACUAUAUCAAUAAAGUGUUUAGUCUUUUAAAAACA